AACCUCCAGUAUAGUGCUGAGUAGAAAUGGCAAGAGUAGACUUCCUUGCCUCGUGCCUGAUCUUAUGGGAAAGCAUUUAGUCUUUCACAGUGAAAUAUCAUCAGCAAUGCAGCAAGUGUUGGAUAACCUUACGGAGCUGCCCCCGUCUACAGGAGCAGAAGAAAUAGACCUAAUUUUCCUGAAGGGAAUUAUGGAGAAUCCUAUUGUAAAAUCACUUGCUAAGGCUCAUGAGAGGCUAGAAGAUUCAAAACUAGAAGCUGUCAGUGACAAUAACUUGGAAUUAGUCAAUGAAAUUCUUGAAGAUAUCACCCCUCUAAUCAAUGUAGAUGAAAAUGUGGCAGAGCUGGUCGGUAUACUCAAAGAGCCUCACUUCCAGUCACUCUUGGAGGCCCAUGAUAUUGUGGCAUCAAAGUGUUAUGAUUCACCGCCAUCAAGCCCAGAAAUGAAUAAUUCUAUCAAUAAUCAGUUAUUACCAGUAGAUGCCAUUCGUAUUCUUGGUAUUCACAAAAGAGCUGGGGAACCGUUGGGUGUAACAUUUCGGGUUGAAAAUAAUGACCUGGUAAUCGCCCGAAUCCUUCAUGGAGGCAUGAUAGAUCGACAAGGUCUGCUUCAUGUGGGAGAUAUCAUUAAAGAAGUCAAUGGCCAUGAGGUUGGAAACAAUCCAAAGGAGUUACAAGAAUUACUGAAAAAUAUUAGUGGAAGUGUCACCCUAAAAAUUUUACCAAGUUAUAGAGAUACCAUUAUUCCUCAACAGAGUUGCAUCAAUAUGGAGAGGCAUCCAGCACACGUCCGUCAGGUAUUUGUGAAAUGUCAUUUUGAUUAUAAUCCAUACAAUGAUAAUCUGAUACCCUGCAAAGAAGCAGGAUUGAAGUUUUCAAAAGGAGAAAUUCUUCAGAUUGUAAACAGAGAAGAUCCAAACUGGUGGCAGGCUAGCCACGUAAAAGAGGGCGGAAGCGCCGGUCUCAUUCCAAGCCAGUUCCUGGAAGAGAAGAGAAAGGCAUUUGUUAGAAGAGACUGGGACAAUUCAGGACCUUUUUGUGGAACCAUAAGUAGCAAAAAAAAGAAAAAGAUGAUGUAUCUCACAACUAGAAAUGCAGAAUUUGAUCGUCAUGAAAUCCAGAUCUAUGAGGAGGUAGCCAAAAUGCCUCCCUUCCAGAGAAGGACAUUAGUAUUAAUAGGAGCUCAAGGUGUGGGACGAAGAAGCUUGAAAAACAGGUUCAUAGUAUUGAAUCCCACUAGAUUUGGAACUACGGUGCCAUUUACCUCACGGAAACCGAGGGAAGAUGAAAAAGAUGGCCAGGCAUAUAAGUUCGUAUCACGCUCUGAGAUGGAAGCAGAUAUUAAAGCUGGGAAAUAUUUGGAACAUGGAGAAUAUGAAGGAAAUCUCUAUGGAACCAAGAUUGAUUCUAUUCUUGAAGUUGUCCAAACUGGACGAACUUGCAUUUUGGAUGUCAACCCACAAGCCCUGAAAGUCCUGAGGACGUCCGAGUUCAUGCCCUACGUGGUAUUCAUCGCUGCUCCGGAGCUGGAGACACUACGUGCCAUGCACAAAGCUGUGGUGGACGCUGGCAUCGCCACCAAGCUUUUGACGGACUCUGACUUGAAGAAAACAGUGGAUGAAAGUGCACGAAUUCAGAGAGCUUACAACCACUAUUUUGAUUUGAUCAUCGUGAAUGACAAUCUCGACAAAGCCUUUGAGAAACUACAAACUGCCAUAGAGAAACUGAGAAUGGAGCCACAGUGGGUCCCCAUCAGCUGGGUUUACUGAUAAUUCAAUAAGGUUCACAAUUAAAAUACAACUUUUAGAAAGUGACUAUAACAAGUAAAGCUUCUGCUGAGAAAAUACGUGCGCAGACAGAAGAUCCGCCAAGUCCAGGCAUCUUCGCUGUGUAGAUUGAAUGACCAGUACACUAUUCUGAAUUUUUAUAGAAAAUGUGGUUGGGAAGGUGUACUAAUAUAUAAUUUAUCUUAAUUUUUCUAACUUUUUAUGGACAAUCUAUUCAUAUCACAUAAAGAAAUGCGUUGAAGCAUUUUGUAUAUGUUUUGAUUCAGUACCUUUGCCUUUUUCAUCACAGGAAUUUUCAACUCAUUCAUUGGAAUAUUGGUCUCACAUUUUCACUGUGAUAAUGAAUACUUGAAAUAGUUUUGUAAAGUUGUCAUUUAGUUCAAUAUUUAACUAGUGAAGGGUCAGUUACUCUGAUUGGGAGAAAAUAGUAGGUAUUGGCUUUCUUUCCUAAUAUACUUUCUUACAGAAGCAGAACUUUAUGCCAGUGCCACAGCCAGUCUACCACCAUCGAAUCUGACCUCAGAAGUCUGCUCGAUGAGAGUUUGUUAUUUCAGAGACAUAUGGCUGUCCAUUCUGAUUUAUACAGAUAUAUUGUUUUUCCCCCUUCAUUUCUGUCUUCAGUGAAGAAGUGAAGAGCAGUACCUUGCACUCUCAUUUGUUGCAAAGACAAGCUGAUAUUAACGUGUAUACAGCACGCAGCGCUGGGCAGGCUCAGAGAGUGCCUUCUGUAACCCUUACAGUUGAUUUAUUUUCACAGUAAAAGUUAAACUGACAAAAAUGAACCUACUUCUUCAUACAGUUUUUUAUUAGGAGAGAGAUGGUCAGCAGCUGUAGAAUGCCUCUGCAUAUUUCUGGGGUGCAGAAAAAGGCCUCUUGAGUGUGCUUUUUGAAGUAUGAUGCAAUCAUUAAGGUGUGUGUAUGAUUUGUUGUGUUGAGAAACCAAUCCACUGAAUGAUUUUUAAAAUUUGGAAAUAAUUGU